AUGGAUAGGGUGUUUUCAGUGGAGGAGGAAAUGUCCGACCUGCUGUGGUCUUCCACAGCGCCGCCGGACAAUGGCGGAGCAGACGACGACAACUUGUCUAAGUUGAACCGGAGUGCAUCGGAGUGGGCCUUCCAGCGUUUUCUCCAAGAAGCUUCUUCCUACUCCCCCUCGCCAUCGCCGACGCCGCCGCCACCUCCGCAUCCUUCUUCUUCUUCUUCUACAGCUCACCAUCACGACCAAAACGACGUUGAAGAGAUUAAGAUGAUCAAUGCCCACCACCAUAACGCCACUCACACUCACUACAACAAUAUGCGGCCGCCUAAUGUCACCGUCGAUUCCGAUGAGUACCGGGCGUUCCUGAAGACCAAGCUCGACCUCGCCUGCGCCGCCGUGGCUAUGUCGCGGGAGGGAUCGUUGGUGAAAGCACAAGAAUCUGCGGUUUUAGCUGACAGCGGAUCACACGCUUCAAGUACUUCACAACUCGGAUCUGAAGCCCCUUCGAAAGGAGCUGGGUAUGAUAUAUCCAGGUCAAAUGAUAAGAAUGCUCAUGCACCACUUGGUGUCAUUCCUUCGUUACCUUCGACGAAAUAUAGAUCCGCUAUCCCAGUAAGGCAGGCAACUAGCGGAUCAUCGAGAGAAAUGACAGACGAUGAGGAAGCUGAAGGUGAAACUGCAAUGAAUGAGAAUAUGGACCCUGCUGAUGUCAAACGCGUGAGGAGAAUGCUGUCUAAUAGAGAGUCAGCUAGACGCUCGAGAAGAAGAAAGCAGGCACAUGUGACUGAUCUUGAGGGACAGGUAUCUCAAUUAAGAGUCGAGAACUCCUCUCUGUUGAAGCGUCUGACUGAUUCGGACAAGAAGUACAACGAAGUGGCAGUUGACAAUAGAGUUUUAAAAGCUGAUAUCGAAACAUUGAGAGCAAAGGUAACGAUGGCUGAGGAGAUGGUGAAAAGAUUUACUGGGUCGAACCCCAUGUUCCACGCUAUGUCAGAGGUGUCAUCAAUCGGCAUGCCACCAUUUGAUGGAAGCCCUUCAGAGGCAUCAAUAGACGCUGCUGUUCCGGAGCAAGAUGACCCAAAUCAUCACUUCUUUCAACCUGCUUCUAAUAACCCUAUACCAACUCAUGACCCGAGAGUCAAGAAUGAUUCUGCAGACGUUCCUUCCGUUGAAAAUGUGCAGAAGAAUUCUGCAGCAACAUCAUCAGCAGAUGUGUCGGGGAACAAGAUGGGACGAACACCUUCCCUUCAGCGAGUUGCUAGCUUAGAGCAUCUGCAAAAGCGGAUAAGGGGCGGAAACCCCUCCAAUUGGGAGCAGUAGUUACAAACAGAGUGAUCUACGCACGAGGAAAGAUCGACUAAAGGAUGCUUUGAACAACCAUUGUAUUGCCUCGUUACUUUUGGAUUAGUCAUGUAAACAACGCUAUUCUUCAUCUGCACUACACUGAAUUAAACAGUUCGAUACUUUUAGCACUUUCAA